GAUGUCAUAGCAAUCCGUCCAAUAUUUCAGUCUGCACCGAAGGCUUGGACCGACGCCGUCUUUCUCAGAGCUCCGCAGCCAGCGGCUCAAAAUCCUGGAAUUCUUCUUUGUGCCGACUAAGACACCAGCUACGGAAUUAAAGCCACUAUCCUUGUCGUGGCCUCAAAUUGAUAUUCAUUCUCCAAAAAUGUGUUCCGCUCAUUGUGUUGUACAUACCUGUCAUUUUCAGUGGGUGAGUGUUCCGGAAGUUGAGCACCAUUUACGCAAUAAACCCUUUUCUCUUUUAGACAAGUCUCAACAUCCACGGGAACGUCAACCACCUGCACAUGAACUCACAUGCCCUUUUUUAUGGGGCCAGAGUCACUCUGUCACUGUUUAACAUGUCAUGGCUGGCGCAUAAAAAUAAUAGUAUAAGUCAAACAAAUGGAUCGGAGGAAUCUUUUGAGUCAAUAGUGUCGGGUGAGGGUUUUUGAGGAUGUGCUGCAUGAGCCCAGUGCAUAAGACGUUUAAAACCAUUAAAGCCAUAUAAACUAAUUUAAAAAAAGUAAAAAUAUCAGGUUCAAAGCGGACGACAAAGCCCAGGACUUUCUGAAACUGCUCUUUAUUCAUUUUAUCCAGUCUGGUAUUUCUAGAAAGUCUCUGACCCUAAAUACCCCAAAACCCUGAAUCACUCGCGGCAGCUUGAGUUGGAAUCUGGUUUACACAAUGAUCAAGAUGUGUUGCACGAUGCCAAACUAAUCCCACAAUAUGAAAAAAAGAGUGACAGUGAGAGUUCUCCCACUGCAUGAAUAGAUUAAAGCCGCAACCAGCUCACUUUUCACGACUGACGCAUUACACCACCUAGCGUGUGUCCACGCCCAACAGACCAUCGCUGUCAUAUCUGUACAUCCAUGGAACUGGGUGAGUCUGCUUUCUUACCUAAUGAAGGCUUACUUUACGCAUGAAACCAGGCAGAGAGGGGUGUAUCAUUUCUGUUUUGAUACACAUGACUUGAUGGCCUCAAACUGGUUUGUCUCAAUUGUUACCAUAGUAACAAUUGAGACAAACCAGUUUGAUUCGAGAGAACCGCCUGUUAUGAAAUGUUACCCCACCCUUUCCGAAGGCGGUGCAAGCGUUUAUAUAGCAGCAGAGAGAGAGAGAGUCAGCAGAGAUACAAAGCAUUGCAAUCAAGGAAAAGAAUCUCCGACCGAUGGCGGACUUGAAAAUACAAAAUGUCAACAUGGAAAAAUCUGAAAACCUGCAGAGCCACAGGACCGAGGGCUUCAGCAGCUCUGAAACCUUGGUGGUGCGAAGAGGAGCCCCACUGAGGAUCAGCCUGCAGCUGGAGGGCCGGCCCUUCGAUCCCCAGACCGACUCCCUGAGGAUCAAAGUCAUGCUAGGCCGCUUGUACGUGGUGAUGCCGGUCACUUUCCCCAUGAACGCUUCUUCCUCAGAUUGGAAGGCCUAUUUUGACCCGAAGGGCCUGAACCUCCAGAAGCCGUCCAUUCUCCUCUCCUCCCCGGCCUCCGCCCCGGUGGGAUGCUACGGACUUCAGCUGUGUGCGUUUUCUCAGGGCGGAAAGAAGACCUUCGCGUUCAGCAGAUUCGUCCUGCUCUGCAACCCCUGGUGUCGUGAGGAUGCUGUAUAUAUUCCCUUCGAGGACCAGAGAGAAGAGUACAUCCAGAACGACUCUGGGCUGCUGUUUAAAGGAACAUCCAUUAAUAUUGUGUCAAGACCGUGGUCCUUUGACCAGUUUGAGCCCGGUGUCCUGGAGGCUUCCCUGAAUCUGCUCCAAGUCAGCCCGCUGCACCAAAGGAACAAAGAAGAAGACUACCUGAACAGAAGCAACCCCGUCUACAUCGGCCGGGUCGUGUCCGCCAUGAUCAACAGCGAAGACGACCGCGGCGUGCUGAAAGGGAAAUGGGAAGGGGACUACAAGGACGGCGUGGACCCCUCCUGGUGGACUGGCAGCGGGGACAUCUUGAGGCAGUGGGCCGAGUCCGGCUACAGACCCGUCAAGUACGGACAGUGCUGGGUGUUUGCAGCCGUCAUGUGCACAGUCAUGAGAGCUCUCGGCAUUCCCUGCCGCGUCGUCACAAACUUCAACUCUGCCCACGACACCAACGGCAACCUGGUGAUCGAGGAGUUCUACAGCGAAACCGGGAAGAAACUGAACCGCAGCGCGGACAGCAUAUGGAACUUCCACGUGUGGGUGGAGUGCUGGAUGACCCGCCCGGAUCUAGGCUCAGGAAUGGAUGGCUGGCAGGCCCUUGACCCGACCCCCCAGGAGAGGAGCGGAGGAGUGUUCUGCUGCGGCCCGGCACCAGUCGCAGCGGUCAAGGAUCGGCGCAUCGACCUGCUCUACGACAUCCCCUUCGUCUACGCCGCGGUGAACGCCGACAUCCACACGGUCAUAGUGAGCAAGGGUCAGGUGAUCCGCUACAGCACGGACACGGAGAAGGUGGGAUCCCUCAUCUGCACCAAAGCGGUCGGCCUACCGAGACCCCAGAACGUCACAGGAGACUACAAACACAUCAAAAGUCCGACUUCAACACUUUCGUCGAGACAUUCCACGAUAUCAGAGGCCUCAACACUAAGCAGAGGCUCAUCCCGAGGAGUGUUGGUGCUCCUGUCCCUGGACAAAGCUCCCGUUGCCGGGGAACCCGUCCUCUUCACGGUGAAGGUCAUCAACAAGCAGAGGGUGGCCAAGGCGAUGAAGGUGCAUGUGAACGCCCAGGCCAAAGAAUACAACCACAGCGCAUCAGAAACCAUCUGGGAAAACCACGGCGUCGUACAGCUGGCACCCAUGGAAGUCAAGUUGAUUCACCAGCAGAUCCCCCCGGCCCAGUACGAGAUCGUGGGGGGGGAAAACCUGAUCAACCUCGCGGUGGUCCUGGAGGACUUGGCCAGUCAUGAGCAGGUCCUGGCCUCAGAAGAGUUCAACAUCGCCAGCCCACGGCUCACCAUACAGGUUGAAAACGAAGACUCCAUUGUACUUUACAAAAAGCAGGCGGCCAUUGUGACUUUCACCAACUCAUUUGCCCACCCGGUGAGCGGGAUACUGACCGUAGCUGGGGCCGGGCUGAUUCAGGGAAAGGUCCACUUCAGGAUGCUCGCUGUGCGUCCAGGCAGCAGCGUGUCGCAGCGCAUCACCUUCAUCCCCAACAUGGUGGGAACGAAGAUGCUGCAGGCCAGCCUGCCGCUCUCAGACACCAACUCCACCAUCACAGGCUUCAGGAUGGUUUCCGUCGGUCGAGCUUGAAUGCUGUUUUUGUACGUGACUGACUGACUAGUGUAGAUUGUUUUGUGUGAUUUUUUCUAAAUGUGAAUGUAAAUUAUAUUUAAUUAUUUAUAUAAAUUAAGAAUUAAUUUGUGUUUUUUGUUUUCAAAUAUUAAAUAUAUUUAAUGUAAAAAUGUCUUUUCUUGUGAUAAGUACAAAGUCAAUGUCGUUGAAAGUUCACAUCUCUGCCCUGAAGAGGGAGACAUUUCCUCACAAAAGUUCCUACUUCGGUCUGAACGUGACGCUUCUAACAAACAUUUUGACAACAACAUUGAGUUUAAACAAGGACUAUUCAACAGUCUCCCCCGUAGUAUCUCUGUAAAAUGAAAUUCAACUCACCUUUCCCAAGAUUUCAAUUAAUUUAUUUUGUAUUAAUCUAUUUUAACUGUCUGUCAAAACAAAUCAACAAUAAAGCAUUAUAUACAAAUCAUAGCUAAGCUGACAGGCAGUAUAAUCGGCACAUGCACAACCAGUUCAUUUAUAUUACAAACAGGUUAUAAGGAAAUUACACCGGGAGAGAGAAGAAGACGUGUUAGAACACAACAACAUGUACAACCCAGAAUCAAAAGUAAGGAUUCAAGCACCGGCCUAUAAUACAACAUCUUCAAGACAAUUCUUGUCAAAACAUUUUUACAAGAGCAUAGAUUUGGUCUUUGAAGGGGAUAUUUUUAUCCUGCGAUCCCAAACGUUUUUUUACCUCAUUGUGUUGUCAAUUUAACCAAUAAUAAAUAGCUCACAUUAUAAUGGUAAAAUACAAUCAGACUACUUUAAAUAGCCUCUAGAUAAGGAGAAUAUUAUUUGACAUUUGUUAUGGCCAACAUGAAUUAAUGUGCUGUUGUAACUUUGUGUUUCUGAUUUUAUCUUUAAAAUAGUAUUGGUGAGUUGAAAAUGGGUUUAUACAAAAAACACAAUAAAACAACAACAA